GUGCUGGGCAGUGUGGUGGUGGCCACCGUGACCCUCUCGUACAGCUGUCUGCUCGGCUUCGGCUCCAUCCUGCUCGGACAGCUGGAUGAGCCGGGCUCGACCGUGCUCGUCUCCGACCGGCAGCGGCCCUGGCUCAUGAGCGGUGCAUACGUCGGCUCGGUGAUCGGCUGUGUGCUAGCCACGUUCCUGGCCAAGACGUUCGGACCGAGCAGAAUCAUGUUCUGGCACACGGUGCCCAACGCCCUCGGUUGGGGCCUGCAGGCUCUGGUGCCUGGCUUCUGGCCGCUGCUGGCCGGCCGAUUCGUGUGCGGUCUGGCGUGCGGCGUGUGCGUCUCCAGCGCGCAGAUCUACAUCAGCGAGACCAGCAGCCCCCGCGUGCGCGGCGUGCUACUGAUCCUGCCCGAGACGUUCGCCACCACGGGCCUGCUGAUGUGCUACAUGCUGGGGCUGCUGCUGCGCUGGCAGCUGGUGGCCAUCAUCUGCGGCCUUGUGCCCAACCUGGUCAUCUUCCUCGGCUUCCUCAAGCUGCCCGAGUCACCCACCUGGCUGGUGUCCAAGCACCGGCUGGCGCCGGCGGCGCGCUCUCUGCUCUUCUUCCACGGCUCACGCUUUGAGGCGGACGCCCAGGUGCAGCAGAUUCUGGCCGGCCUGGAGCAGACCAAGAUGAGCGUGCGCCAGACGCUGGGUCUGAUGCGCCACGCAGACUACCUGCGGCCCGUUCUCAUUAUCGCCUUGCAGAUGACCAUCCUCAACUUCUCCGGCAUUAACGCCAUGUUCGGCUACGCCGUCGUUAUCUUCAAGCUGGCGCGCACUGGGAUCAACGCCUACCAAUGCGCUAUGGUGCUGGCGGCCGUGCGGCUGCUCUGCAACCUCUUCUCGACGUCGCUGAUCGACCGACUCGGGCGACGCGCAUUGAUCUCCAUCUCCGGUGCGUUCUGCACCAUCUCUCUGGCCGUCAUCGGCGCCUACUUCUUCGUGCGCCAGCAGGACGAGGAGCUGGUGCAAGACCUACACUGGCUACCGUUGGCCAGCAUGAUCGUCACCAUCUCCAGCUAUUCGGUCGGCAUCGGCCCAAUCAGCUGGGUCAUCUUCGGCGAGAUGCUGCCAUCGUCAGUGCGCGAACUGUACGGCAGCAUCAUCAUCAUCUUCUGGUCCGUCACACUCUUCACCAUCCUGCAGGUGUUUCCUGACCUGACGCGCCUACUGGGCAACCACGGCACGUUCUGGCUGUUCUCGGGUGUGUGCGCCCUGCAGGUGCUGUUCGCCUGCUUCGUCAUCCCCGAGACUCGCCUGCGCACCCUGGAGGACAUUCAGCACGAGCACUUCGUCGCCAAGAAGACUGAGGCGGAGCGAGGCGUGGCGAGAACUGCCGCACUGUGAGGCGGCGCAGCCAGAAAUGUCGUGCUGUCGACAAAAAGUGGCGCGCUGAGUGGCGACUGGCCGGCGCACUAGGUGCCAGUCCCGCGGUGAUACGCUCUGCGUCCGGUGAGGAGUGCCAGUAGCGGACGAUGUUCUCGGUUGCGCCUGGCGUGUGCUUCUCCCUCCGUCAGGCUGGCAUCCGUCUUGAACUGGCGCGUGUGAGUUUUUGGUGUUCUCGAAAACGACCUGACUGAGACAUGUCCUUGCGAUCGAACCUCUGCGCUGGUCUGUUCUGGUGGAAGCAUUCCCCGAAGCGAAUCAACAGUUACCCAUAUGCACCUAGCCGGCCCCACCCGUGAGCCGUCCGUACACCCACACGGCAUGCGCCGGUGAUGAGUGCUGUUCAACACGUAAGAUCACCGACGGAGAUGAGUGUCGCUCUGCGGUCUGAAAGCAGUGACUCAAACAUCACCGAGAGUCCUUCUUCAGCGCUGGCAGCAUUCACGUAAUAUUAUUGAUGAUUGCCACUUGGUUUUGUUUGAAAGCAUUUUCGUAACGAGGGACUUUGUGUCGUGGACAAACGUGAUUAUUGUGUAGGGCCAUUGCGUUGGCGCUCCAGUUUGCUGUGCAUGGGACGCACAUCCAACUAAUAUCAGCACAGACCCAGUUUGUGUGCCUGUGUGCUUUGGUCUGACGUGCUUCGAAUUCAAAUCGCAAAGCAAUGUGCUGUUGCAUUUCGUUGGCGGACCAGCUGUACGCUAGCUGGGAGACGUGUACAGUAGAGUAAUAAGACGUGUGGAUAUUUUGCGCACCAUUCGUUUAGUCUGGCUAUAUACGGCUCAUGAGACUCUUCGCAAACUGUUUUGAAAACGCUGCCAUUGAAGGGCCAUCUAGUCCUGGCUCUGUGUGGAGGGCGUGGUGAGAGCAGGCUGGCAUGCGGCCUUUGCUUGGCGCAUACAGCCGCUUAUUUGUGGGUGGUCGUCGCUGCCUGAUAUCGAUUCGUCAUAUCUCACGCGUUAUGAUGUUAUCGCACAGAAAGCUUAGCGAGAAUGUGUCGCACUGAUGUGAAUGUCAGGAAAGUGUGUGUUCCAGAUCCAACGGGGUUAGAGGGCGGUCCAUACUGACUUUCCACUGCACCAUCGUGCCUUUAUUGUCAUGAUCUUGUUGUGGUUUGUAAUAGAGACUCGUAAUAGAUCGUGAUCAGUAAUAGAGACUCGUAAUAUGUCGUGAUCAGUAAUAGACACUAGCUCACGUCAUGAAGCUGCUGUUCGCCAGAGAUUUUUUUGAAAAAUACAGAGAUUUCGCAAUUGCAUCGUUUCCUUACGCUGCAUUGUGGUUUC